AUGAACUGCAGGGAAACUCAUUCUGGUUGGGUGGUGUUGGAUGAAGUCCAAUUUGAACUUGGAUUAGCAGGAUCGUCGUCAUCUCUCAAGAGAGAAGCGUCGUUUGUUAAUAAGGGGUGGGAGGAGCGGAGGGCUGGCCUUGGCUACUUGGCUAGUGCUUGUGCUGCAGCCGUCGCUCUGCAAGCUUGGCACGAGGUAAGAACACAAGCCUAUAGCACAACAACGAUAACAUCAGCUGAAGCAAAACGGACGAGAAGGGCGCUGCUGUUACUUCAGCGUACUUUCAGGGAUAUAGACAUGCCACCCCACCGAGUGCAGUGGAAUCGAGUUCUUACGAGUUGGUGUGCAGAGCUCAUCUUGCUAGCUUUAUGCUAG